ACUGAUGUGGACUAUUACUUUCCGAUCAGCACAGUGACAUCUCCACCCCCGAGCGCGAGUACCUCGCCGAAAAAAUCCUGUCUCACAUUGGCAUUGGAGCAGGCUCAAGCAGAUGGUCAGUUGGCACGGAAUAACUUGUUUGCCGAUUACUGUGUCCACGAUGCACGGCCCACGGGAGCUGUACCGGAUUAUUCAACCGCACGACCUGGUCAGCUAGAAUUGGCCAGUAGACAAUUCACUGUUUGGUUGUGGCGAGUCUCUCAUUUUCCACGGGUUGCUCUAUGUGUCCAGCCUCGACUGAAUACCACUGUGAAGCAAUUUGUCGGUCUUGUUUUCUGGCAAUAUUUCAAUCAGCUCACUCGAGCAGAUGCUCCACCGGGAUUGUUUGAUGAUUUGGACAGGUUUGACAGCACCUUUCUCGAUCGUAUCUCCGUAUACAUACUGGACACACCGGAGGAGAAUGUGGACUCCGAAUUUCCGCCAUUGGAUCCAACUGAUCCAAUCCACAAAUAUGAGUUCGAUUCGUUGGCCCUGAUUGAGCACACGGUCACACGAAAGGAAGACACAAAAAGCAAAGAAGUUCCCCUGGUUCUUGUCACUGUGUAA